ACACGUCUAGUUACUGUGUGAGGGAACCCCUGCUCCUGUGUUGUGGACCGUUCCUCCGUUCCUCCACAUUCAGCUGAGGUGAGAGCAGCGCACAGCGCUAGACGGACCAGAGUGUGGACACGCAGCGGAGCGCACGACUGAGGACUGUAUACAGCGCAACUCCAACACAAAUGGAUAUUUACGUGGCUUUGUUUUCCUUUUUCUUUUUUUCCAAACCAGCUUUGGCUUUCGGAUCAGAUCAAGACUACCAGAUUGAUAUCAUCAAUGAACUUGACCUGGCAAAUGCCACCUAUGGAAUUACCCAAGUGGCGGGGCUUCACAACAGCAGCAAAGCCUUCCUGUUCCGAGAUGUCGGGAGAGCGAUUCACGCCCCGCCGCACAUCACAGAGAAAGUGGUGCAGCUGUUCAGGAGUAAAAGCGAGUUUACCUUCUUGGCCUCCAUCCAGCAGAAGUCUUCCACGUCGGGAGUAAUAUUCUCCAUCCAUGAGUCAGAACACAGCUACUUCGAGCUGGAGAGCAGCGGGGUAAGAGAGGAGAUCCGCUACCACUACCGCUUCAAAGGCAAGCCGCGCUCUGAGUCCUUCCCUUACCGCCUCGCCGAUGGCCAGUGGCACAAGAUCGCUCUUACCAUCAGCGCCUCCCACCUCUUGCUGCACGUCGACUGUAACAGGAUUUACGAGCGGGUGAUAGACCCUCCUCAGAUGGAACUCACCCCAGGCAGUGGAGUGUGGCUGGGCCAGCACAGCCACAAGCAUGGCCUGUUUAAGGGCAUAAUCCAGGAUGUUAAGUUGAUUUUCGCCCCCAACGGCUACAUCACGCAGUGCCCUAACCUUAACCGCACCUGUCCGACCUGCAGUGAUUUCCUGAGCCUGGUGCAAGGCAUCAUGGACCUUCAGGAGCUGCUCGCAAAGAUGACCCUGAAGCUAAACUACGCAGAGUCCAGGCUGACCCAGCUGGAGGGUUGUCACUGUGAGAGGACCUGCAGCGCCAACGGUCUGGUCUACAGGGACAAAGAGCUGUGGGUGGAGCCGGAGAACUGCAGGAACUGUGCAUGCAAGAAUGGUGUGGUGGAGUGUCGCAGGAUCUUCUGUCCUCCGGCAAACUGCUCAGAGGACUCCCUGCCUGUUCACAUCGAUGGGACCUGCUGCAGGAAAUGCAGACCGAAAUGUACCUACAUGGGCCGAACCUUUUCUGAAAGCCAGCGCUUUUUAUCCCGGAGCUGCAGGGAAUGCAAGAACGGCCUGAUGGUGAAAGUCACAGAAACUUGUCCGGAGCUCAACUGCACCGCCAGUGAACAGAUCUUACCAGACGGCAGAUGCUGCAAUGUUUGCAGAGGUUACGAUUUCUGUGCGGAGGGAGUCAUCUGUGGAGAAAACUCUGAGUGUAAAAAUCGGAAUACUAAAGCGGAGUGCGAAUGCAAGAGCGGCUACGCCUCCGUCCACGGGGAUUCUACCUACUGUGAAGAUAUCGAUGAGUGUGCGACUCAGAUGCAUUACUGCCAAUCCAACACGGUGUGUGUCAACCUGCCCGGCAGCCAUCGCUGUGACUGUCUGCCAGGCUUCAUCAGAGUGGACGAAUACUCCUGCACCGAGCAUGACGAGUGCGCCAGCGGGCUAAAUUUGUGCGACGAGAACGCCAUCUGCACCAACACCAUCAGAGGACACCUGUGUACCUGCAAGCCGGGCUACGUGGGCAACGGCACCAUCUGCAGAGCGUUCUGUGAGGAGGGCUGCAGGAGUGGAGGGACCUGUGUGUCUCCCAACACGUGCGUCUGUCCCUCCGGGUUUACGGGACUCCGCUGUGAGACAGAUAUCGACGAGUGUGCAGAGGGCCUGAUUGAGUGCCACAACCACUCCCGCUGUGUCAACCUGCCCGGCUGGUACCACUGUGAAUGCAGAAGUGGUUUCCAUGACAAUGGCUCCUACCUGCUCGAUGGGAGCUCCUGCAUUGACAUCGAUGAGUGCAGUCAGCAGACACACACCUGCUGGAACGACAGUGUGUGUGUGAACCUCCCUGGAGGCUACGACUGUGUGUGCACGUCUGGCCCGGGCUGCAGCGGCGACUGUCCACAGGAGGAGGGAAUCAGACGCAACGGGGAGGACUGGAAACCAGGCUUUGACCGCUGUGCUAUCUGCUCCUGCAAGGAUGCUCAGACGUACUGCAGGAGGAGACCCUGUGACUGCGGAGACCGAGACGAGGAUCUGUUCUGCUGUCCCGGCUGUGACAACAGGCCCAGCAGCCAGUGUCUGGACCAGAGCGGACGCACACUCUACCGCAGCGGAGCGUCCUGGCUCUACGGCUGCCAGCAGUGCCGCUGCAUGGAGGGGGAGGUGGACUGCUGGCCUCUGGUUUGCCCCGCGUUGAUGUGCGAGUACACGGCGGUGGCGGAGGGCGAGUGUUGCCCGCGCUGCGUCACAGACCCCUGCCUGGCCGACAACCUGUUGUAUGACAUUCGGCAGACGUGCCAGGACCCCGCAGGUGUCAUCCGCCUCAGCGGGGACACAUGGCAUAUGCCCAACUCACCCUGCACCACCUGCAAGUGCAAGAACGGAAACGUUUGCUGUUCAGUGGAUCUCGACUGCCUUCAGAACAACUAAAGCUCCCCUCCUCCUCCUCUUCCUCCUAUCACUGCGGGACUGCCAUGCCCCCGCUCCCCCUCCCCCCCUCCCCCCCUUCCUCCCCACGUCUGAUGACUCCCCAUUGGAUUACUGAAAACAGACUCACGCACACAAAAUGUGCAUGCCAGAGUGUGCACAGAAAAAGACGAGCACACACUCGACAGACUGAGAUGAUGAGGCUGUGCUUUUAUGCUGUAAACCUUUCCACAGAAAGUGAAUGAAUGUGUGUGUGUGUGUCUGUUUGUGUGUGUCUGUGUGUGUGUGUGUGUGUGUGUGUGUGGUUCAGGUGGAGGCUGAGGCCAUGGCCACUACGUUCACUGUGUUGUGUUUGUGUCUUUGUCUUGUUUCCAUUUCACUACAUGUCAUGAGGAAAAGCUUCCAAGCGAUAAUUCUCCAGUCCCCGAAAACCAGAGACAAGUGUUUGUUUUUCAUUUAGAAGAGGAAGGAUGCAUCAAACAUUUGUUAUUUCACAAUAAAAGAGUAAUGCACCUUGCAUUUCUAUGACACAACAUCAGGAUUCAAGUUUGACAUUACAGGAACAGGAGGUGGUUUGAUGUAAAAAUAACAAGUAGGGAAAGAACAGAAAAAGGUAUCUUCGAGUCUGAUGAUUCCUUUUCCAACUCAAAUCCGAACUUCUCCCAAGAGAGAGACUUUUUCAUGUGAUUUCAACCAGUUUUUUGUUUUUUGUUUUACUUUCUGCUGUGACAAAAACCUCAUCCAAGCCUUUGAGAUGUUCCACUCUGUCUUUGAUCAAAGUCACUUCAUGAUCCGUGUUGACAAUCCGAUGUUUAAUCAUUGACAGGAUUUUUUGUUUCAAAAGAGCUGUGUUCUACAUUCUCCUCUGGUACAAAAAGCAGUAAAAACACA